AUGUGUGUCUCACUCUUUGGGGUGUCUGAUGCCUCUUCCUCCUCUCCGUCUCGCUUCGUGUUUGCCGCGGCGGUUACCUCCGCGGAACACGACUCCGCCGGAGCCUCUCCUCCUGAGGAAGCGACGCAUAACGCUGCAGAGGAAACCUCAGAGACGCCCGCUGGACGCCCGCAGGACGAAGCCACGAAGAAGGCUCUGCAGGCGGCCGAAGCGACUGCGGACGCUGUGGCGAAGGCCCUAGAGGUCGGCGUCCCGAUGCCGCCCCUUGCCGCGGGCUCGGCGGGCGCCGCCGCGGUCGCGAAGACCAGCGCCAAGGAUGCGACUGUCGCGACGAACGCGCAGGCCGCUGCGGACGCAGGAGGGGCGACUGACUCUACAGUGAUUCGAGCCGACGACGCGAAGUUUCAGGCUCAUCCGGAGGCACCUAGUGAGGAGCAUGGCGAGGCUUCGGAGAGCUCGGCGGAGGAAGAGAAGCCAAUCCCCGCCGACGGCGAACAGUGUAUCAUUUUUGCCGCAGAAGAGGGAGACCCCGACAGCUGCUCCUGCCCAGAGGGGUUUGUCCUUUGCAACUGGCAGGACGUGGCGGCCGAGCAGGCGCGUGUGGAGAAGAUAGGGCGAGCUGCGCAUGCAGCGGCUGUGCGCCAGCUCUUGCUCGACCUCGACAAACUGCCGCGUGAGGACCUUGGGAAGGCUCCGGCAUCGAGCGCGACCUCGCCGCAGACGACGGGCGUCUCGCCAGUCCUCUCGAAUAACGCAGCAGAGCCCGCGGCGUCGACCGAGCUGCGUCAGGCGCGUGAGCGAGUCCCCGCGGAGCUUCGAGGCACUGUUGAUCUUCCCGGAUCGCAGGAGGAAGGCCACGGCGGCUUGGGAGCGAACGCUCAGGACGACAGCGAGAUGCAGCGGCUUGAGGCCAUGCUGCCCCCAGAGCUGGCUGACACCGCUGUGAAUGCCUCGCGAACUGCCAAGGGUGAACACGCUGCAGCCUGGAUGAAGGCUCUCUGCGACGACGCCGACGUGGGCUUCAAGUCCUACGGAGUGCAGAUCGACUACGAGAUCGAGGUCUUCUGCGGCGACAACGGAACCAAGGAUUUUCCCGAUGUCCGCUUUGUCUAUGAUCUGAACACUUACGUGGACAAGAACCGGCUGACAAGGCUUCAGGCGAAGGACAGUAGCUGGACACCGCGCCACUGCCUUGUCGCGGAUUUUUACCUUUGCAAACGCCUCCCACCGAAAAGGAAACAAGUGAACUGCGAAAUGACAGGGUGGAGUGAAUGGUCUACUGCGUGCGUCGAUAAUACGCAAACGCGCAAACGAGGAAUCACGCGCAGCGGCCAGCACGGCGGGCGACUGUGCGUGUGGGACGGCAAACAGCCGGCGAGACCCGAGGUCACCGAGGUUCGCCCGUGUUCCAGCCCUUCGCAGGAGUAG